UACUUCAGUGCCCGGAAGUGGAUGGUGCUCAACACGUUUCAAUUGUAAUGGAUGGCCAGCUGACGUAAACUUGUAUCUGAUAUCAAUAAUGUUCCGAUUCUACUUAACAGAAAAACCAUAACGUUGAAUUUGAUAUAUAUAUAUGUUAUAGUAUUUAUAAAAGAGCAAAAAUACAGUCAUGGAAGAUGUAACGAUAGAGACAGCCGAGGAGAUCUUAGCCAAGCAACAUCGCAAGGAGAAGAAGGACCUGCAAGCUCAAAUCCAGAGCAUGAAAAAUGCUGUCCCGAAAAAUGACAAGAAGAGGCGUAAACAGCUGACUGAGGACAUCGUGAAGCUGGAGGCUGAGCUGAAUCAGAAACACAACGAGGAGCUCCAACAACUGGACUCAUCAGGAGAGAAGACGGUGGACGAUGUUGUGAGUGGAGUAGAGUCCCUGGCUUUGGAAGGAGAGGAGGAGCAGAAAGAUGCCAAACAAGCGGGAGGUCCGUCCAAGGCGCAGAAGAGGCGGGACAAGAAGGCAGCCGCGGAGAAGGAGAGAGAGCGUCGUAUAGCGGAGGCUGAGGUGGAGAACCUGUCUGGGCUGCGACACCAGGAGGGACUGAAGUUGUCCCAGAAACUGGUGGAGCGCCAGCUGCAGAUCAGGGAGAUUUCCUCAGAUGGUCACUGUAUGUACCGCGCUGUGGAGGACCAGUUGGGGCAGCAUGGCUUAGGUCUGACCCUGAAGGACCUCCGGGCCCGAACCGCUCAGCACAUGAGGAGCCACACAGACGACUUCCUUCCCUUCCUCACCAACACCAACACAGGGGACAUGUACACGCCUGAUGAGUUUGACAAGUAUUGCAGUGACGUGGCAGACACGGCCGCCUGGGGUGGACAACUGGAGCUGAGAGCUCUGACACAGGUCCUUCAACGGCCAAUAGAAGUGCUCCAAGCUGAUUCCCCAGCUAUAAUGAUUGGAGAGGAGUUUGACAAGUCACCCAUCACCCUUAUUUACAUGCGUCAUGCGUACGGACUGGGAGAACACUACAACUCAGUGGAAGGUAUGAAAGACCCUGCUACUCAAGAGGAGAACUGAGACUCUCAUUCAGUUCCGUUAUAAAGAAUGAUAAAGUCAACUAUACCGAAUGAAUAUAUAAACACAACAUGUAAAGUGUUGGUCCUGUGUUUCAUGAGCUGAAAUAAAAGAUCCCAGAAAUGUUCCAUAUGCACAAAAAGCUUAUUCUUCUCAAAUUUUGUGCACAAAUUUGUUUACAUCCCUGUUAGUGAGCAUUUCUCCUUUCCCAAGAUAAUCCAUCCACCUGACAGGUGUGGCAUAUAAAAAAAAAAGCUGCUUAUACAGCAUGGCCAGUACACAGGUGCACCUUGUGCUGGGACAAUAAAAGGCCACUCUAAAACGUGCAGUUUUGUCACACAACACAAUGCCACAGAUGUCUCAAGUUUUGAGGGAGUGUGCAGUUGGCAUGGUGACUGCAGGAAUGUCCACCGGAUCCGUUGCCAGAGAAGUGAAUGUUAACUUCUCUACCAUAAGCCGCCUCCAUUUUAGAGAAUUUGGAAGUACGUCCAACCGGCCUCGCAACCUUCAAACCACGCGCAUGGCGUUUUGUGGUCGAGCAGUUUGCUGAUGUCAACGUUGUGAACAGAGUGCCUCAUGGUGGUGGUGGGGUUAGGCUAAUGGGUAGGCAUAAGCUACGGACAAGUAACACAAUUUCAUUUUAUGGAUAGCAAUUUGAAUGCACAGAGAUACCGGGACGAGAUCCUGAGGCCCAUUUUUUUUUUUUUAAGGUAUCUGUGACCAACAGAUGCAUAUCUGUAUUCCCAGUCAUGUUAAUUCCAUAGAUUCCAUGUUAAUUCCGUAGAUUAGGGCCUCACGAAUUCAUUUCAAUUGACUGGUUUCCUCAACGCCGUAAAAUCAAAGACAUUGUUGCAUGUUUUGUUUUUAUAUUUUUGUUCGGUUUAUAUGGUGUUAUCAGAUUUACAGGUUUACUGUCUAAAUGAAGGGUUUGACAUCCAUGGAAUUUGAUGAGUGAGAGAGGAGUGAGAGAGGAGUGAGAGAGGAGUGAGAGAGGAGUGAGAGAGGAGUGAGAGAGGAGUGAGAGAGGGUCAAUAAUUCCACCUAACUCUGUGGCGACUGAGAGAGUAGUUUGCCAUCACAGUGAGCUGAGGACGAAUUGGAAGUAGCUCUUUUCCUUCAUCACAUCUUGUGAAUACUCCUGAAAUCACCAUGGACAUGUUAUGUAUUAAAUAUCGCUUUUUGGUGGUGUGAUGUGCUGUUAUUUCCUGUGACUGCAAUGUCAAAGGCUGAUUGUCUUGCGUGUCGUGAAUGCUGAUGGACAAUACAAUUAGCAAAAUGGUUUUCAAUUUAGUUUAAUUUCCACUGGAAAGACAUAAAUGUAAUAAAAAAAUAAACCAGAACAUAUUGUCAUGUUGAAUGCCCAAUGUGCCAAUUUGAGGCAUUUUAUUUUCCAUUGAUCGGGACACAUUCAGGGGUUUAGCUCUUAUAGCAGCUAGAUUGGUUCUGAAGUACAGACAAUACCAGAAGGAAAUAGAAAAAUAAUAUCCUAAAAUAAAAACAGAUUUCCUUCCA